CGGCCGGCAAGAAGAUGUGAUAUCUGGGAUACCUGGUGAGAAUUGGGCAAGGAUCGGCCCACCUGUCAAAAUAACCCCUGAAUCUCACCACUUUUGCCUUUCGGAUGACGAAAGCAAAAUAGUGUUUCAAGACCAUCUUCUCCAGCUGUUUAUGUUUUCUCUGCACUGGCCAUCCCUUCUUUCUCAUCCCUCAAGCAUCUUGCAACAUGCAGCUCCUCUCCACCCUUCUUUUCGCCGCCGGCCUUGCCACAGCAACUCCUCUCAACAUUCCCAACUAUGCCCAAGCUGCCAUUGACUCCGGUCUUGCCCUCAAGGGUUUGAAUGCCCUCGCUACUCUCAGCGCCCUGACUCGGACUGGCGGCACCUGUACCCCGACCAAAAUCAAGUACCGUCGGGAAUGGCGCACUCUCUCCAAGGCCGACCGCCGCAAGUUUGUUGCCGCGGUGAAGUGUCUUCAAGGCAAACCCUCUGUCCUUCCUAAAGACGGCACCGUCCCGGGAGCCAUCACUCUCUGGGAUGAUCUUGCUUAUGCUCACGCAUGGCGUACAUUCUUCGUUCACAUGAGUGCCACCUUUUUGGUUUGGCAUCGCUACUUUCUCUUCACCUACGAGACCUUCCUCGAGACAGAGUGCGGGUGGACCCAAGGGCUACCCUACUGGGAGUGGGGCCUGGAUGUGAACAACAUGAGAGGCAGCCCCCUUUUCGACGGCUCCGAUACUUCCAUUGGCGGCGACGGAGUGUUUGUUCCCGGAAGGCCAGACUUCAUUCUGGACAUCAUUGGCGGGCCCGAUCCCGAACCCAUUCGGGUUGUGUUCCCUCCCGGCACUGGCGGCGGAUGCGUCGAGAGGGGUCCGUUCAAUGACACGGUGGUCAGGCUCGGGCCUUUCCCUCUCGAUGGGACGCCUUGGACCAACGAGACGGUCUACGGCAAUAAUCCUAGGUGCUUGGACAGAGACUUGAACACGAACCCUCUCCAAAGGUGGUCUACUUUCCGCAACAGCACUGAGCUUAUCCUCGGUUAUGACAACAUACGGGAGUUCCAAGGGUUCUUGGAGGGCGAACCCAGAGUGACAACGGAAAAGCCCAUCGGCAUUCACGGAGGUGGCCACUGGGGCGUCGGCGGCAUCACUCGUGAUCCAAUCAUCUCACCCUAUGAUCCGGCCUUUUGGUUCCAUCACAAUCAGUUGGAUCGAAUCUAUUGGAUCUGGCAGAAUCUCGACUUCAAUAAUCGCAAGGAUGUCUUUGGCACGGGCACCUGGGGCAACUUCCCUCCCAGUCCCAACGUCACAGUGGAGGACUUUAUUGAUGUCUUGCCCCACCAGCCGGCCAUCAAGAUCAAGGACAGCAUGAACACUGUCAGUGGGACGCCCUUCUGCUACGUGUAUGUAUAAACAGGUAAAAUGAUUCCACAACACGAAGAAGGGAUGUGGCAAUUAUAUCUCCCGCCUGUCACUCGUUGAGACCUUUUGUCUAUGCAGGCGUGGUUAGAUUGGCUUUGCAAGCUACCUUGCCUCAGGUACACUCAUAAUACAAGGGACUUUGAAGCUGAGAGCAGAAUUUGAUGUCCUAUAUAGAAAACAAAACAGCGUGUGUGGCAUCGGUCCAGUACUACAAGAGUAGGUAUGUCCCGAUAUGCGCAGAGCUCCCUUUCAGGUCUCGGUCACCAGUUGGAUAGGCCCAAGGACACGCAAGGUGGUAGGUGACACGCGGCUGCUAACAGGCGUCCUGUACAAAGUGGCGAGACACCAGAAAGCAGGGCGUGGGGGCACGGUUGUGAAGUCCUGGAGGGAAACUCAGACUAUCUACCCAUUUGACGGCCAAGCAUCU